GCGCUUGGAUAUGAUUAGAAAUCUGGGUUUUUAUCGUACUAUUAAGUUAUAUAAGCACAGACACUCUUCUACCCUCAAACGAGUGAAACAAGAGACUGAUAAAAUAGAAAUACUUCCUGCUACAACUGUGUGUUCGAUUUCUAACAACCGGUACGGUUUCGCAUGUAUUAAUCCCGCCAAAAGCGACAUGGACGCGUUCAAGUUCACAGACUAUGAUUGCAUCGGUUUCGACCUGGAUAAUACGUUGCUGCGUUACAACGUCACGAAUCUGGUGUGCAUGGAGUACGAGAUGCUAGCUAGAUUCCUGGUGGAAACACGGGGAUACAACGGGAGUCUGCUAAAGCCACUGACAGAUGAUGACUUGGACUUCAUGCAGAAAGGGUUGUUGUUGGACUUGGAAAGGGGAAACGUGCUCAGGAUGAGUCCAGAUGGUGUUAUUCGCAGAGCAUGUCAUGGCACGUAUUUGCUAAACAUGGAUCAAAUAAAGGAGAUAUAUCCUGAACAGAGAUCAGAGGCCACGGAUAUCUUCUGUCGCGACGUAAUGGCAACCUGGAACGGUCCUCUGUCAGAGAAAGUCAGGAGCUUGCUGGAUUAUUUCGAUAUAGCGACUAGUCUCGCGUUUGCACGGAUCGUAGACGCACUCGACGAAGAACACGGAUCACCCUUGGACAGAUACAAUAUCUGGCCUGACAUAUUGGCUGGACUGUUCUACAUGUUCUCUAGAGAACACUUCGAAUCGAGCAAGGGGAUUUUUGGGCACAUCAAGAGAAAUCCGGAGAAAUAUCUACGUAAAUGCAACUCGAACACGAUCUCGUGGUUGAAAGAAACAAAGAAAAAAUCCGCGACCUUUCUUCUUACCGGAUCAAACGCGGAUUAUGUGAAUUUUACCGCGAGUUACGCUCUCGGAGAGGACUGGCGAUCACUUUUCGAUAUUGUAGUAUGUUUCGCGAAGAAGCCAGGAUUUUUUAUUAAUAAUCGAUCGUUUUUCGACGUUGUAAAUAAUAACGAAACCGAUACCGUGAGUCAAGACUUAAAACGAGGUGAAAUGUACAGUCAAGGAAACUGGAAUGAACUAUUGGAAUUUCUCGCUCGUAUAACAGGGAAAACUGAUCAGCAAUGUUUGUACGUUGGCGAUAAUCUCAUACAAGACAUUUAUGUACCAAAUACAUUCGCACAUUGUGAUACGCUAGCUGUGAUCGAAGAACAAAUGUCGGAAGGAAUGCUUCAUCACGCUUUGACUCAUCCAGACGAAAAGAUUCUAAAUUCGAAGCUUUGGGGGUCUUAUUUUUGCUUAAAAGAUUCGACGAUUAAUGUAGACUCUUUAUGGGGCCACAUAAUAAAGAAACACGCGAAGCUGUGUAUACCAGAUAUCAGUUUGGUAACACAGAAACCAUUAGAGGAACCUAUUCCUUGUUUUGAUAAGGAUGGAAAGUUAUAUCGCGGAUAUUAUCCCGCUAUACCACUUAGUAUAUCCAGCCAUGUAAUAUAAGAAUGAAAAUAUUAGGAUUAAAUACGGAUUAUCCCAGCUAUCAAGCGACAAUUAAAUCGACUAGGCCGAUCUGAAUGGGAAG